AUGGGGCCAGAGGUGACCAGCCUGUUGUUGCUAGGGCUGGUACUUUGCUAUGCAAGUGAAAUUAAAACAGUAAGAAAAUCUAACCACGGCCACUUUGUCUGCAGUACCUGGGGAAACAACCAUUUCAAAACCUUUGAUGGAGAUUUUUACCAAUUUCCUGGGGUCUGUGAUUACAACUUUGCUUCAGACUGCCGAGAAACCUAUAAAGAGUUCUCUGUUCAUAUCCAGCGUGAGCAGAAUGGUCAAAGUCACCCUAAUAUCCAAUAUGUUCUCGUUACAAUCAAAGAUGUUGCUAUUUACCUCACGCACAAGAUGGUUGCAGUAGAUGAGCAAAUAGUAAAGACUCCAUAUUAUGGUUCUGGUGUCCUGAUUGAGAUGAACAAUAUAUAUACUAAAGUCUAUGCAAAAGUGGGCCUAAUUCUGAUAUGGAACCAAGCAGAUGCUUUGAUGAUUGAGCUUGACUCUAAAUUCAACAAUUAUACUUGUGGCCUUUGUGGAGAUUAUAAUGGACAAAAUAUCUACAAUGAAUUUAUCUCAGAUGGAUUAAGCUACAACCCAAUCACAUUUGGAAACCUACAAAAAGUUAAUAACCCCACAACAAAAUGCGAAGACCCUGAUGAGACAAAGCCCAUUGAACUGUGCAAGCAGCAUCGUGAAGAGUGUGAAACUCUCCUAACUUCGCCGGCAUUUGCAGAUUGCCAGAAUCGCCUGAAUCUAGAACUGUAUGUUCAAGCUUGUAUGCAGGACAGAUGUGCUUGUCAGCAUAGAAAGGACUCUUUCUGCCUCUGCAGUACCAUCUCUGAAUAUUCACGACAGUGUUCCCACGCUGGUGGCAAACCUGAGAAUUGGAGGAGCCCUCAGUUCUGCCCGAGGUCAUGUCCCAAAAAUAUGAUUUACCUGGAAAGUGGUUCUCCCUGUAUGGACUCCUGCUCGCACCCGGAGAUCAGCAAACUAUGUGAAGAGCACUAUAUGGAUGGCUGUUUUUGCCCCAAAGGCACAAUAUAUGAUGAUAUCACAGGGAAUGGCUGUGUGCUAACAAGUCAAUGCCACUGUAAACUUCAUGGCAAAAUAUACAAUCCUGGUCAGAAAAUUGCCAAUGAGUGUGAAGAGUGCAUUUGUCAAUCAGGGAGAUGGAGAUGCGAGGAGUUAUCAUGUCCAGGUACCUGUGCUUUGGAGGGUGGAUCCCAUAUAACCACUUUUGAUGGGAAGAAAUAUACCUUCCAUGGAGAUUGUUAUUAUGUGUUGACCAAGAACACUAAAAAUGACACACAUGUCCUUUUGGGAGAAUUGGGUCCAUGCACUUCUUCAGACAAGCAGACAUGCCUAAAGUCAGUAGUGCUAUUAAUAGACCAAAAGAAGAAUGUUGUAGUUUUCAAAUCAGAUGGCACUAUAUUACUGAAUGAAAUUGAGAUUCAUUUGCCAUACAGAACAGGUAGUUUCUCAGUUUUCCAGCCAUCAUCAUUCUAUACUAUUGUGGAAACAAAUUAUGGGCUAAAGAUGCAGAUCCAGCUGUCCCCAGUGAUGCAACUGUUUCUCAUUAUGGAGGAUUUUGCCAAAGGAACUCUCCAAGGACUUUGCGGAGAUUACAAUGGUAUAGAAAGUGAUGAUUUAAAAACAUCAGGUGGAGUGGUUGAAGCAACAGGAGCUUCCUUUGCCAACUCCUGGAAAGCACAAACUAGCUGUAGUGAUAUGGAAGAUAAGUUGGAACACCCUUGCUCUCUGAGUCUUGAGAAUGAAAAAUAUGCUGAAUACUGGUGCUCUUUAUUGAAAAGUACAAAAAGUCCUUUUGCAAGAUGUCAUUCAGUGAUUGAGCCAACGGAUUAUUAUAAGCGUUGCAAGUAUGAUACCUGCAAUUGUGACUCCAGUGAACAAUGUUUAUGCGCUGCCCUAUCAUCUUAUGCAAGAGCCUGUGCUUUCAAAGGAGUCAUGUUGUCGGGCUGGAGAAAUGUGGUCUGCAACAAAGAAGUAACUUCUUGCCCAGCCAACCAGAUUUUCCACUACAAUCUAACCACAUGCCAACAGUCCUGCCGUUCUCUUUCUGAUGGAGAUAAGUACUGCUUGAAAGGUUUCACUUCGGUCGAUGGCUGUGGCUGCCCUGACAAUACCUAUGUGAAUGAAAAAGGCAUCUGCGUGUCUAUGUCUGAUUGCUCCUGUCAUUAUAAAGGCUUAUAUGCGCAACCUGGAGAUUCUAUCAUGAAGGACGAGAAGCGUUGUGUUUGCAGAAAUGGAAGAUUUCAUUGUGUAACACUGGAUAUACACCACCCCAAUUGUUCAUCCAAUAAGUCAUAUUUUGAUUGCAACAACAUUGACUCUUGGUCUUCCCAAACGCCAAUACGACUUAGCUGUCAAACGCUGGGUACUGAUCAUUUCCAAACUGAAUGUAUCUCAGGAUGUGUUUGCCCUGAGGGCUUGAUUGAUGAUGGCCGAGGCGGGUGUGUAAAAGAAGAUGACUGCCCAUGUAUUCAUAACCAGGUGUUUUAUCCCAAUGGAGAAACAAUAAACGUUGGCUGCAACACAUGUACAUGCCAAAAAGGAAGCUGGAAAUGCACCAACUUAGUGUGUUACGGGACAUGUACCAUUUAUGGCAGUGGCCAUGUCAUGACCUUUGAUGAAAAAUUCUAUGACUUUGUUGGUCACUGUGAAUACGUGGCUUCUCAGGAUUACUGUGGCAACCAGCAAGGAACGUUUAGUGUGAUCGUAGAGAACGUUCCCUGUGGAACAACAGGAGUUACCUGCUCCAAAGCCAUUAAAUUGUUUCUAGGGACCACAGAGCUGAAGCUGCAAGAAAAACACAUCGACAAAAUUGAGUGGGGUAACCAGAGCUCUAUAACAUAUUGGAUUCGUGGAUCAGUUGGGUUGUAUACAGUAAUUGAAGCCAGCAAUGGAGUGAUGCUCAUUUGGGAUAAGAAGACAACUAUUUUCAUCAAGUUGAUGCCCUAUCAUAAAGGGAAAGUCUGUGGUUUGUGUGGUAACUUUGAUAAAAAAGCCAGCAAUGACUUUACAACAAGGAGUAUGGCUCAAGACACAGUCAAUGCCUUGACAUUUGGAAAUUCAUGGAAAAAGGAUCCGGCUUGCCCUGAUGUAGACGUAGUCAUUGAGCCCUGUGAGUUGAAGCCACAUCGGAAAGCUUGGGCAGAGAAAGAGUGCAGCCUUAUCAAAAGUGAUACUUUUAAAAUAUGUCAUCACAAGGUGGAUCCACAGCCAUACUAUGAAGCCUGUGUACAUGAUGCCUGUGCCUGUGAUACUGGGGGGGAUUGUGAAUGCUUCUGUACUGCAGUUGCUGCCUAUGCGCAUGAAUGCAUCAAAGCUGAAGCAUGCGUCCAUUGGAGAACUCCAGAUAUAUGCCCAAUCUUUUGUGAAUACUACAAUCCUAAUGAAGAUAUAUGUCGGUGGCACUAUGAGCCUUGUGGACGUGAUAUUUUAACUUGCAAAAUCCUCAAUCAAGUCACCACCAACUUUUCAGUGUCAUACUUAGAAGGUUGCUACCCACGAUGUCCUCCAGAAUAUCCAAUCUACAACGAGGAGACCAAAUUAUGUGGAACAAAGGAAACAUGUGGUUGCUACCAUAAUGAUAAUUACUAUGUACCUGGAGAGCUCAUCCCCAACUAUGAACUGUGCCACUCUUGUUACUGCGAGUCAUCGGGAACUGUGACGUGUAAACCUAAAAAAGAGUGUUGUGUUUAUGAUGGCAAAGAAUAUGGAGUGGGAGAGAUCGUUGCUGACAAAACUGAAGAUUGUGUGUACCUAAUAUGCACACUAAAUGGCACCAUGGAAACUAAGUAUGAUGGAUGCAGUACAACUUCUCCUCCUACAACCACUUCCAGCACUACUACUACUACUACCACUCCUACUACCACCCCAAUCUCUUCUACCACAGUUUCAACUACAAGCACUUCUACAAUAAGUACAACAUCUUGUAUAGACCAAGAAUGUACAUGGUCUGGAUGGAUUUCUGUGAGUGUCCCAGAAAUUGGUAUUGACAAAGGAGACAAUGAAACUUAUGAAAACAUCAAACUGCACAACAUAGAGAUCUGCGAGAAGCCAGAAAAUAUAUCAUGCCGAGCAAAGAAGUUUCCUGACUGGUCUUUUGAGGACUUGCAACAGAAAGUGACAUGUGAUGUUUCCACUGGGCUUAUUUGUAAAAACAAAGAUCAGGUUCCUGGACCUGUAAUUCCUGCACCAGUCUGUCUCGAUUACGAAAUCAACGUCUGCUGUCCGGUGGUGUGUUUUUCCACCACUCCCGAAAGCACUACUACCACAAUUACCACUACUCCAUCUACUACCACUCCAACACCUACUCCCACUCCAACACCUAGUACCACUACCACAAUUACUCCCAGUCCAUCUACUCCCACUCCAACACCUACUACCACCUCCACCUCUACUACCGAAAGCACUACUACUACAAUUACCCCCACUCCAUCUACUACCACUCCAACACCUACUACCACUCCAACACCUACUACCACUACCACAAUUACCCCCACUCCAUCUACUCCCACUCCAACACCUACUCCCACUCCAACACCUACUACCACUACAAUAACCCCCACUCCAUCUACUACCACUCCAACACCUACUCCUACUACCCCCUCUACUACCGAAAGCACUACUACCACAAUUACCACCACUCCAUCUACUACUACUCCAACACCUACUCCUACUACCACAACCGAAAGCACUACUACCACAAUUACCCCUACUCCAUCUACUACCACUCCAACGCCUACUUCUACUACCCCCUCUACUACUGAAACCACUACUACCACAAUUACCACCACUCCAUCUACUCCCACUUCAACAUCUACUCCCACCACCAUCUCUACACAAACGCCUACAAGUCCAACAUCGGGAUCGAGUACAUUAGCACCCUGUGUGCUAGGAAAUACAACCAUACCACCAGGAGAAAGUGGGGGGAUAUGUAAUUGCACCGAGUUAAUAUGUGUUACGGAUAACCUAUGGGAGAUGUACCCUAUCGAGUGCAACACUCCACCAAAGCCCACAUGUGCCAAUGGGCUUGCUCCUAUAGAAGUAUUAGAUGAAAAUCAAUGCUGCACACAUUGGGAAUGUGACUGCUAUUGCACUGGCUGGGGAGACCCACAUUACAUGACAUUUGAUGGCCUCUACUACAGUUACCAAGGUAAUUGUACCUAUGUCCUAAUGGAAGAGAUUAAUCCUACCAUCCACAACUUUGGAGUGUACAUCGAUAACUACCACUGUGAUCCAGCGCAAUCUGUCUCUUGCACCCGUACUCUCACCGUAAAGCACGAGUCCCAGGAAGUGCGCCUCAAAACGGUCAACCUGAUUCCUUUGAAAGUAGAGGUGACUGUGAAUCAUGUGACAGUGUGUUUACCUUAUGAAAAAUACAGCUUGAAGGUUUACAAGGCUGGUAUAAAUCAUGUGGUGGAACUAACUAGAUUGAAGAUUAAUGUAACAUACAAUGGCAUGGCCUUCACAAUCCGGAUGCCCUAUAGCACUUUUGCCAACAAUACCCAGGGACAAUGUGGAAAAUGCAACAACAAUAUUCACGAUGAUUGUAUGUUACGGAAUGGGACUGUUAUACCUUCCUGUGAAAUAAUGGCAGAUGACUGGAUUGUUUAUGAUCCAGAAAAACCACAUUGUGAACAUAUGCCCCCACCCACACCUACAAAACCCCCAUCCCCACCCUGCAAACCAUCUCAGUUGUGUGAGCUUCUAAAAGGAAGUUUAUUUCAGAAAUGUCAUCACUUUGUUGAAGUUAAAAGCUACUAUGAUGCCUGCGUAUUUGAUAGCUGCAGAAUGCCCAACCAAUCCAUGGAAUGUGCAAGUCUUCAAAUUUAUGCAGCAACCUGUGCAGAUCAGGGGGUUUGCAUUGACUGGAGAGGACAUACCGAGAAAGCAUGUCCCAUUGUCUGCCCAUCCAAUAAAGUGUACAAAGCAUGUGGUCCUGCUGUAGAAGAAACUUGCAAAUCAGGCUCAAUAGGACAAAACCAGACAAAACAAAUGGAAGGGUGCUUCUGUCCUGAUGGGACAAAACUUUAUGACACUGGUAUAGAUGUAUGUGUGGAAAUUUGUGGAUGUGUUGGACCAGACAAUAUUCCCAGAAAGUAUGGGGAGACCUUUCAGUUUGACUGCAAAGACUGUAUUUGCCUGGAGGGUGGAAAUGGCAUUAUCUGUGAACCCCAAAAGUGUCCAGUACCAGAUCAUGAAGUACAGUGUGAAGGAGAAGGAUAUCAAAAGAUCACCCAAAUUAAUCCUGAUGACAAAUGCUGUUCAGAUACUGUGUGUGUGUGCAACACCUCUCAAUGUACGACCAAGCCUCCUCAGUGUGAUCCAGGCUUCAUAGCUGUUGCAAACACCACUGAAGAACGCUGUUGUCCUUCUUAUCAAUGCAAUCCUAAAAAUGUGUGUGUGAAGGAUGGUAAUGAAUAUAAGCCUGGUUCAGAAGUCUUAGGAAGCCGGUGCGAACAGUGUAAAUGCACAAAUGAACAAAACACCACCACUCUUCUGAAUAUCAUAGAGUGUAAGACUAUCCCAUGUAACGUGAAGUGCCAGGAGGGCUAUACUCCUAUUCGACACCCUGGUGACUGCUGUCCAACAUGCGUGCAGACAAGCUGUGUUAUAAGAACAAUAGAAAAUGACAUUGUCAUCUUAAAACCUGGUGAAAGUCGGAAUGAUCCCAAAGACAACUGUACUAUUUACAGCUGUACGAUGAUUCAUAGGCAGCUGAUUUCUUCUACGUCUGUGAUUAAGUGCCCAAUAUUUGAUGAGAAUAGAUGCCAAUCUGGCACCAUUGUACUCUUGCCUAAUGGCUGUUGUAAGACAUGUAUAUUGAAGCCAGAUACCCCAUCGUGCUCUCCCUCUCAAACAAUGGACUACAUCAAUUACAAUGGCUGCCGUUCAGAGGAACUAGUCCCUGUGACUCAGUGUGAAGGAAGAUGUGGAACUUUUUCAGUAUACUCUCCCGAAGCUAAUUCCAUGACGCAUAAGUGCAGCUGCUGCAGAGAGUCAAAGAUAGCCAAGAAAGAAAUCAUGCUGCUGUGUCCUGAUGGGAUCAAAAAGAAACACAGGUACAUCCAUGUAGAACGCUGCGAGUGCCUGAACACUGGAUGUGGUGGCCAGCAAGGCUCCUCAGAAGAAUACAGCGAGAACAAACAAAACACCACGCAGCUGCCCCAGGAAGAGAAGGCAUUGGAACGGGUCAGGAAAGCUCUGAGGGCUAUCGGGAACAGAAAUUAAAAGAAGGAAAGCUUUGGAAUGAAAUAAGAUAACUGCUGACACACAGUGAAGAAAUAUACUGUGACUACUAUUAUAAUCGACCACUUUGCCUUAUUUUCUAGGGAUGUCGAACCUUGGAAACUUUAAGACUUGUGGACUUUACCUCUCAGAAUUUUGCUGACUGGGGAAUUCUGGGAGUUGAAGUCCACAAGUCUUCAAAGUUGCCAAAGUUGGACACUCCUUUUUCUACAGCCUUCUCAGUCUGUCCCCAUCCCCUUUGACUGUCCUUUACUGUGCUCACUUAUUUAUUUGCACUAAAAAGAAAAAUAUUUUCUUCUAAAUAUAUAUAUAUAUAAAAAUGAAGGAUGGAUUGUAUGACUUGGACUUUUGAAUCAGUUUCUUUUGCUUUGGUUAAUUAAAGGCAUAUUUCAAAAA